CCGCGGCGGGCGGACUCUCUUUCCUGCACCUCUUUGGUGCUGGGAGGCGGGCCUCGAGGUUGCAGUCUGCGCCGCCGCCUCUGUGGGCCGGGCGAACUCACGUGACCCGCGCUGGCUCUGGAGCGGCUGGCAGCACUGAGGAAGCGGCGGCGGCGGCGCGGCGGCAGAGGCGGCGACAGCAGCUGGGAGGUAGCGACCUGGAGAGCGACCGGCCGGCCGCCCUCUCGGACGGCCGCGGCGAAAGAGAAAAAUGGCGGAGGCCUCGGCGGCCGGGGCCGGCGCGGGCGCCGCGGUUGCCGCGCACCGGUUUUUCUGCCACUUUUGCAAGGGCGAGGUCAGCCCCAAACUACCGGAAUAUAUUUGUCCCAGAUGUGAAUCAGGCUUUAUUGAAGAAAUGACAGAUGAUUCCAGUUUUUUAGGUGGUGGCAGCAGCACAUCGACACAUUUUGCAGAGUUCUGGGACCAUUUGGACCCCACGAUGUUUUUCCAAGAUUUUAGACCCUUUCUGAGUAGCAGUCUACUGGACCAAGAUAAUAGAGCCAAUGAGAGGGGUCACCAAACUCACACUGACUUCUGGGGACCAAGUCGGCCGCCACGGCUGUCAGUGACUCAAAGAUACAGAUCUCGAGGAAGUACUCGUCCUGAUAGAUCCCCUGCUUUUGAAAGAGUACUACAACAGAUCAUUGCAGGAUUCAUUCCUGGAUCCCCAUUUUCUUGGAGCGGGAUGCUGCACUCCAACCCUGGGGACUAUGCCUGGGGUCAGACAGGGCUUGAUGCCAUUGUAACUCAGCUUUUAGGACAACUGGAAAACACAGGGCCUCCCCCAGCUGACAAGGAAAAGAUCACAUCUCUUCCAACAGUGACAGUAACUCAGGAACAAGUUGAUAAGGGUUUAGAGUGUCCAGUAUGCAAAGAGGAUUACACAGUUGAGGAGGAAGUCCGGCAGUUACCCUGCAACCACUUCUUUCACAGCAGUUGUAUUGUGCCGUGGUUAGAACUGCACGACGCAUGUCCUGUAUGUAGGAAGAGCUUAAAUGGUGAGGACUCUACUCAGCAAACCCAGACCUCUGGGUCCUCUGCAAGCAACAGAUUUAGCAGUGACAGCCAGCUACAUGACCGAUGGACUUUCUGAAACUAAAGACCACCUCUGAGCCAGGGCUAUGGUAGACCUCUUAUCACAGCUGUUAAUUGUAUCAAAACAAAAAAAUCAUAGGUGAAUUUAGGAAUCACCUAAGAAACCCCAACCCAUAAUAUUAAUUCAUUGAGUGUUUUUCUUCUCUAAAUUUAAAGUUAGUAUCUACAGAUGGGAUGGUAUCUACAACCAAAUGCCUCUCAUUCUUGAAUUCAGAGCGAUAAUUUUGUAAGUGCGAAACUUAAUUAUGUGGGUUUCCCCUGCCAGAAUAGAAUCAGUUCCUUAAAGUCUAGCUAGGGUCCUGCUAUCUGUCAUGUUACCUUGUGAUGGAUGUUUCCACCUCUUUCUCCAACCUCCACCCUAUCAUUAGUGUACUUUACACUAAAUACAGUGGAACCAGAGCCCUAAAGUCCUGCUGAUAUAAAGUCCUUCUGUUUUAAUUGUACAAAAGCAUCUACUUUUGGCCACAUUAGCCACGAAGUGAGAUCAGAUUAAUUCAAGAAUCUGAGACACUAAUGAUUCUUUUUUUUCUUAAAUUUUCAGAGAGCAAAUCAAAGAAAAAUUACAGUGGGAAGGAGAAAGUGGGUUCUCAUUGUACUCUUUGGUUUUCUCAUUUUUAUUUUUAAAGACUACUUCACAAGACUCAGCUUCUGCAGAAACCAACCUGACAUGUCUUAGGAGUCUUAUGUUGGGAGGAAUCUGAUUCUGGUUCCUUUUUGGGAAUGAGUUAGGCAGCAUACAGGUACAGAAAGACAGAUGUUUGAAAUCUUUGGUUCCAAGGUGUUUUAGUGAUCCCCAACUCAUUGUUUAUUCUGGGGACCUUAAAAUAAUUUCCCUCACAGAAAUAGAAUUACUUUAUCACUGCUUCUACAGCUAAGUCAUUGUUUUUUGUAAUUCACUGGUCUUCAGGAAUUGAGAUUUUAUGUUGUCCCAUUUUAAUUUUUUAAGCCCAUUUAUCAUCUCUGAAACCUUUCUGUUUGCUUGGUUCUGGCUGUACUUGGAGUCUUACUGAUUAUUGUGAUCAUGCCCAAACAACUUGGCCUAGGAGAGGUAGGCCUUCUUUUUUCAGCCUAACAGUGUCCCAUGCACAUGCACAUGCUCUUUGGCGCAUUUAAGUGUUUAAAGUUGAAUAAAUGAAGAAGAUUAAGAAUGUUGUUGGAACUUCAAAGUCUCAAAAAUAAAUGAUGGGGACAUGUAA